GGAACGUCGCAUAUAUAUUGUAUGUAUAUAGUAUGCAUCAGUUAUGCGUGCAAUUGUUAUCAUGGUUACAGCUGACUAGGUUAAGUCCCCCCGGAAAUUCGGAAAUUUGCAUUGUGUUUUCUUCAAAACUGAAGGGGGAUGACCAGCCACAUUUUCGGAGUGGGUCUGGGACUUUUUGUUAUACUAACGCUGUGGAUAUCCGCUGGCCUGAUUUUUCUGGUCUCGCUCAGGAUAGAAAGGAGGAUCGGAGCUGUUGCCUUGGCUGUGGCCGCUAUCAUCACUGUUAUACUGAUUUCUGUACCUCGAGCUCCUCAGCACUCUGUUGUUCAAGAGAAUAAGCCUUACGACCAUUUCUUCAUUUGGCGUAUGAUACUUCUUAUUCUAUUAGCAGCUUCAUCUGUGAUUGGAUUCGUAGGUUACGUUAAGUUUGCACUUAUGGAUGUGGCUAGACCUCAAAGAGUUAGAAAUUGGGUGCUGUAAAUACUUUUACAAACAUACUCGAAGCCUUGAAAAAGUUUAUACUUGAGAUACAUUAGCUAUUUAAAUUGCCUUAUAGAAGAUAAAUUGACAAUAGAGGCCAAAACUUAAACUAUCAAAAUGCUGUCCACUGUGAGAAACUUGAUAAGAUUGUCAACAAGAAAUAUUACCUUGCUGAGUCAAAGGCACAAAAAAUUUCAGAUAAAUGACAACACUGAGUUUGUCGACAAAGUUAUGAAUAGUUCAGUACCAGUCAUAGUCAACUUCCAUGCAGAGUGGUGUGAUCCAUGUAAAAUUCUCACUCCAAAAUUGGAGGAACUCAUUGGGCCUAUGAAUGAGUUAAAUCUUGCUAUAGUCAAUGUGGAAGAUAAUCCUGAAUUAGUCCAUACAUUUGAAGUGAAAGCAGUACCUGCAGUUAUAGCUGUAUCCAAUGGCCUAGUAGUAGAUAAAUUUAUUGGCCUAGUUGAUGCAAAUAUGAUUGAUAACUUGAUAAAAAAACUAACUGGUGGUCAACAUCCACCUGGCAAAGCAGAUACUGCAACUCAGUGAUGUAAAUAUAUGUCAGCAAUAUUGGGAAAUGAUGACCAAUUAGAUAAAGAAAACACCUAAUGAAAACUAAAAUAUUUUUUUAAAAUUCUUUUUUAAUAUCAGCUAAAUCUAGAGAUUUAGAAAUUAAAUUUAAAAAUGAUCGCUUAUUGUAUCUCAACAUUGCCUAUAGUAAAGGAUGAGUGUUACGUGCGCGUGUUUUUAGGAAAAGGGCAUUUUCACAUGUUAAACUUAGUGUUUUAAGUUUUGCCUCUUGAAAAAUCAUGACCUGCAUAAAUUGAUUAACAAUUUUGCACUUGGAAUAUCUUUUCAUUCCGCAGUUUGAUAACACUUCCUGUUUGUGUAUUCUUUUUAACGUUUUUAUUUUAUCGUUAAUACCUAUACGUUUCUUAAAUAGAAACGUAUACUUCAUAAUUUAUUAUGUCUAGUGAUCAAGUAUGUUUUUCAAAAAAAUGCACACAUGCAUAGUAAAUGAUGCUCCAAUGCCUUUAUUACACAUAAAUAACGAAGACUUAAAGCAUCAAAUUGAAUAAACGAUUUAAUGCAAUGUACGAGGAUACGUAUGGUAGAGAAAUAAAAUUUUUUUUUGUAAAAAAG